ACGGUACAUUGUGCUGUUCCCCUUCCAGCUGUUGAUUCUAUCAGUGGAUCACAUGAAGAAGGCGUUUGUCUACCAGGGCCUGCUUCCGCUGGCGGGGAUGAGUGUGAGGGACGUGCCGAGUGACACCGGCUGCAUGUUUGAAAUGAUGGGGCCCAUGAUAGAAUCCAGGAUCAUCUCAUGCCCGAGUCCAGCUGAAUUCCACAUCUGGGUUCUCAGCAUCCAGCAGCACAUCAAGAUGGCAAAUGCUCACUGUCCAGCUCACCCCAGCAAUAUCAUUCCUUUCCUGGUUCCAUGUGAUGAGCAGUGGAAGAAACGGAAGCUGAUGAAGCAUCUGUUUUACACCACCAUUCUGAAGUGGGAAGGGAAACCCCUCCAGCACCUAGGACGGAUACACUACCUGGCCAUGGUGCAGGUGGCUUAUGCCAGCAUGGGGGACUUUAAAGAGCGGCUGCUGGUGCUGUUUCCAGAGGAUCUGGUUUUCCUCUCCGUCGACAGAGAGAGAACCGGCAUUGCGUAUGAGGGAAAACUCCCUCUAGCUGGGAUCCAGGCAAAGGAGAAAUCUGCUGUGCUGGGGCGGCUGGAAUUUGAAAUCACAGGAAACCUGACGGAACCGAUCCUGGUCACCUGCUCCACCGCUGAAGAUUAUGAAAAAUGCCUCUUCUACCUACAAAAGCCUGAGCAAAACCUUGACACUGUGACUGUCCAGCCACCACCAAUAGUGCCGAAGAAAUCGCUGCAGCGUUAGAACUAUGGAGCCUAUGGAAAGGGCACAGUGAAAGCGCUGACUGGAGAGGCCAAACUGAUGGCUAAGGAUGCUGGAGGAACGAGCCCACCACUGGCAAAACUAGAGAUGGACCAGAAACAACUUGAAUCCAAACCCCUUCAGACUGAGAAGGUUGAAUUGUGAGUCCUCGAUCUGAACCUACCCUGUGGGGUAUGGUCCCCGGCUGGACUCAUUCAUUUGUGCCCAGAUUAGCUGCUGUUCCCGAUGGCCUGUUGGAACCCCCUGGAUAUAAUCCCGGUUGAUCAGACUCCUUGGGGAGGAAUCCUUCCUGGUUUGAUCACUUUAUUUAUUGGCUGCUGCUUC